AUGGACGCUUCAAAACUCCAUGGCCAAUAUUUUGUACUACCAACUAAGAACAAAUAUGUCAUUACAUUUCAGGAGGAUGGUAUGAGAUAUCUCAUAGGAAUGAGUGUAACCAAUUAUGUGUUAUCUCAUACCAACUGUACAGAUAUCAGAUUCCACAAAAUACAUUUCACUACAGAUGGAAUAUCAUCACUGAUUAUAACGAAAUAUACUACCCAUAAGAGUAACUCAAUAUUGGUGUUGGAUGUAACAUUUACUGAUGAUUCACUGUCCAUAGUUGUGGUUCAAAGAAAACCGUUUCUUAUGUAG